AUGUUCAUUGAGGAAGUCAUGGAACUUGUGGAACUGAAACCACUGCGAAAUGCAUUAGUAGGACUUCCUGGUGUUAGUGGUCUCUCAACGGAGCAGCGCAAAAGGCUGACUGUUGUAGUUGAGUUGGUUGCUAAUCCUUCAAUAAUAUACAUGGAUGAGCCAACUUCUGGGCUAGAUGCAAGGGCUGCAGCAGUAGUGAUGAGAACAGUUAGAAACACAGUAGACACUGGAAGAACAGUUGUUUGUACAAUCCACCAGCCUAGCAUUUAUAUAUUUGAAUCUUUUGAUGAGCUUUUGCUACUUAAGCAAGGAGGGCAAGAGAUAUAUGUGGGCCCACUUGGACAUAAUUCUUCCAAUUUAAUCAAUCACUUUGAGAACAACCAUAGCAUCAAACAACACUCGCUUGGGAAGACUUUAACCAUGAACAGGGACGAAGUCGAAGAAGACCCAAGUGAAGAUGAAGGUACUGAAGCUUUUGCAACCGAAGGUACUGAAGCUUUUGAAGUCAAGAGUAUUGAAGCCUUUGAAGAGGAGGGUACUGAUGCUCUCCAAAGAAAAGUACAUUCCACAACACGAGUAGAUCAAGGUCAAGAUGGAAGUUGA